GCUUUUUAUCGGUCAUACAAUGUAUGUACGCAAGCAUUAGAUUUUAUGCAGCAAGACAUUGACUUCUCUAGAAAAAACAGAUAAUGAGGAGCGCCGAAACUAAUUAUCUUAAUCUAAUCCCACUAAUUGAAACAAAAAUCCUUUCCUUACAUUAUUUGCACCCACUUAUUAAUUCCCAUAUGCACCAAAUUUUGAGCAUCCGUAAAAUAAGCCUAGCCAGUGAACAUUUAAAUGUUUAUAGUCCUCAGACAUUAAUAUUACUAUUGUUACUAUAUAGUAUUCCUAAUUAAAUGUACAUUAACAUUUUAAUUAAUUAAUUAAUUAAGAUUUGAGAAGGAAAUUAAAUGAUCAGUUCAUCUAUGGAUGCUGCUAGAUCGAGCAUGUCGAAGUUUGAUCCUUACGAACACCUCAAGGUUUCCCUAAACAACGACGGCUCCCUCACUCGCUUCGUCCACCUUCCAUCCACCCCGGCGACCGGCGAAAACCCGCCGGCUGUCAUCAAGGGUCAAGCCGCCGUCAGCAAAGACGUCAUCCUCGACGAGAAAAAGAAUACAUGGAUCCGGAUCUUCCUCCCCACACGAAUCCCAUCCAAUGACAAAGCAAUCGCGAAGCUUCCGAUCAUAUUCUACUUCCGGCCCGGCGGCUGGAUUCUGUUCUCCGUCGCCGACACCAUGAUACACGAGAGCUGUAACCUGCUGUGCAGCGAGACUCCGGCCAUUGUGGUGGCCGUGGAAUACCGCCUGGCGCCGGAGAGCCGCCUGCCGGCGCAAUACGAAGACGCCAUGGAGGCGGUGAUGUGGGUGCGAGAGCAAGCCACGGCGGCGCGCGGGGACUCGUGGCUGAGGAUCUUCGGCGACUUCUCGCGGUGCUACCUCUAUGGGGUGAGCUCCGGGGCGAAUGUGGCGUACAACGUGGCGUUGCUCGCGGCGGAACGCGAGAUGGGGCCGCUGAACGUGGCAGGGGUGAUACUGAACCAGCCACUGUUCGGCGGGAAGAAGCGGACGGAGUCGGAGAUGAAGCUCGCGGCGGACGAGUACUUGCCUUUGCCGGUGAUGGAUAUGCAGUGGGAAAUGGCGCUGCCGAAGGGGGCGGACCGGGACCACCGGUUCUGUAACCCGAUGGUGGGGGGUUCGGGAGCGGCCGAGAAGCUGAGGCGGUUGUUGGUGAUCGGGUUCGGGGGCGACCCGCUGAUCGACCGGCAGCAGGAGUUCGUGCAGAUGUUGGUGAUGAGAGGAGUGUCGGUGGAUGCCCGGUUCGAUGGUGUGGGCUUCCAUGGAAUCGACAUGGUUGAUUCCCGAACAGCUGCUGCCAUUCUUACUUUCAUCAAAGACUUCGUUUGAUCCUCGGCUCAUAUAUAUAUAUAUAUAUAUAC